CAUUUCAAACCACUGAAGACUCCCGACGGGCCCCGCGGUACCGCACCACCACUCCCGACGGGCCCGGCGGCGCCUGACUACCACUGCCAACGGACCGCGCGGCGCAGGACUAGGAAGACGCUGGUGGCGGCGGCGGCCGCAGAACGGAACAAGGAACCCAUCCUGCGCGUGCUGCCUGUGCGCGGUGGCCGCGUGCUCGAGCUGGCCUCGGGCUCUGGCCAGCACACGGCCCACUUCGGGCGGGCCUUCCCCCACGCCGAGUGGCAGCCGAACCACGUGGAUCAGAGCUGCCUGGACAGCAUCCUGGCCACCACUCAGGCCCAGGGACUAUCCAACGUGAAGGCCCCGCUGUACCUGGACGUGAGGUGGGAUCGGGAGCAGUGGGGCGGGAUCCUGCCGCAAUCUCUGGAUCUGCUUCUCUGCAUCAACAUGAGCCACAUCAGCCCCCUGAGCUGCACCGAGGGGCUCUUCAGAGCAGCAGGGCACCUGCUCAAAGGCAAGGCGCUCCUCAUCACCUAUGGGCCCUGUGCCGUCAACGUGAAGAUUUCUCCCCAGAGUAACGUGGACUUUGACCUGACCGUCAGAUGCAGGAACCCAGAGUGGGGGCUGCGGGAUACAGCCCUUCUGGAGGACCUGGGCCAGGCCAGUGGGCUGCUCCUGGAGAGGAUGGUGGACAUGCCAGCCAACAACAAGUGCCUAAUUUUCCGGAAAGAGUAACCCCCUUCUCCGCCAUGCCUGUGUCCCUGGGACAAACCCAGACCACCAGGCCCUGCCAGACUAUGGGGACUGGCCCUCCCCACACUGGGGAUUCUUAGCCAGUGGCCACAGGGCUGCUGAGAGCCUGGGAAUAAAGUGUUUCCUGCUGUCCAAAAAAAAAAAAAAAAAAAACCCAAAACCACUGAAAACAUUCUAUAAUAGGAUUUAGCUUUAUCUUACCCCAUCCCCUAACCGUCAUUUCUCAUAUUCCCUAUGUAUCUGGAUUCCUAUUUUAGUUACAUCAAUAAGCAUAUUUACAUAUUAUGACAAAAAUACUGUUCGUGCAGGAGCAAAGUUGUGACAUGAAGUCUUUAUAAAGGAUAUUGUGCUAAGUUACUGCUUUGCUUCCCAUUUUCUUUGU